AUGGACUUGCAAGGCUGGUAUACCAAGCUUUCCUAUGGCAAAGCACUUGGUGAUGAACUGACAAACGCGACCAAUUCGGAUAUGAGUGUUCUUCUCGAAACCUCUCUUGGAGAUAUCGUCAUUGACUUGCUGACCGAGUCUUCUCCGGCGGCAUGUGAGAACUUCUUGAAGCUAUGCAAAAUCAAGUACUACAAUUUCUCGCCAGUUCAUAGUAUUCAGAAAGGCUUUUCGUUCCAGACAGGCGAUCCGAUAGGUCCCGAUUCACCAGAGAGCGAUGGGGGCAGUUCAGUAUGGGGAGUCAUCAACGGACCCUCGCAGAAAAACUUUUCAAUUCGCUUUCCACCAAAAUUAAAGCAUUCAGAGCUCGGGACAGUGAGCAUGGCAACAAUCCCAUCGACAAGAGACCCGGAUGAACGCCUCGCUGGCAGCCAGUUUAUCAUAACGCUCGGCAAUAACCUUGACUAUCUGAACGACAAGGCAGUGAUAUUCGGGAAGGUGGUAGAGGGAUUCGAUGUCCUGGAGAAGGUCAACACAGCUUUUAUUGACGAUAAGGGCCGGCCACUCAAGGAUAUCCGUAUUCGACAUACUGUCGUGCUCGACGACCCUUACGAUGACCCACCUGGUCUACAGGAACCCCCGGAAAGCCCUCUCCCCACUAAGGCUCAGCUAGCUACUGUCAUGAUUGCGGACGAUGAAGAUCUAGACCAGGAGGUGGACGAAGAAGCUCUGGAAAGGAUGCGGCGAGAGCGUGAGGCGCAGGCACAGGCUUUGACGCUUGAAAUGGUUGGAGACCUUCCGUUCGCGGAAGUGAAGCCACCCGAGAACGUGUUGUUCGUUUGCAAGCUUAACCCAGUCACACAAGACGAGGAUUUGAACCUUAUAUUCAGCCGGUUUGGCAAAAUAUUAUCCUGCGAGGUGAUACGGGAUAAGAAAACAGGUGACAGCCUACAAUACGCGUUUAUUGAAUUUGAAGACCAAAAGGACUGUGAGCAGGCCUACUUUAAGAUGCAGGGGGUGCUAAUCGACGACCAUCGUAUACACGUGGACUUCUCGCAGAGUGUGUCCAAAUUGUCAGACUCAUGGAGAACAGCAACGAAUGCCAAAAGAUCUGGCCAAAGGGGUGGGUUUGGGGGCAUAUCUAACUUGGAGAAGCGACGUCAAUACCGUGCAUCAGACACGGGAGAACAUCGAAGCAAGUAUGGGAUGGUUUUUGAUAAGGACGAUAUACGAAAUAAAGGGCCUCGCUCUUCCAUACCUCAUCGAAGAGAUCGAUCACGAAGUCGAAGUCGAAGCCCUCCGCGAGGUAAAUUCCAUAACAUAUCGCCUAGACGGCGCGAUGGCUAUGACAGGGGCUCAUGGCAAGAAAGGGAAAGACGCAGAAGCCCUCGCCCCACGCACGAUGAACAGGAGUUUGGUCGCUCACAGAGACGGCGGUGA